CGGCGCAUUCUUCCGUGUGCCACCGCCGCUGCCCCAGCCUCUCGCUUCUGCCACUCCGGGCUCCGUGGCCGGCGUUAGCCCCACGAGGGGACGGGCGGAACGUGCGCGCGCGGGGUCGCCGCGGCCCCAGCAGUUCCUCUCGCGCGCGGUGGGCGGCUGGGGUCAGCAGCAGUCGGGGGAGGCCCUCGGCGGCGCCAUGUCGGCGGGCGGACCGUGCCCGGCUGGAGCCGGAGGGGGACCCGGGGGCGCCUCUUGCGCCGUGGGAGUCUCCCCGGGUGGGGUGUCCAUGUUCCGGUGGCUGGAGGUGCUGGAGAAGGAGUUCGACAAGGCUUUCGUGGAUGUGGAUCUGCUCCUGGGGGAGAUCGAUCCGGACCAGGCGGACAUCACUUACGAGGGGCGACAGAAGAUGACCAGCCUGAGCUCCUGCUUUGCGCAGCUCUGCCACAAAGUCCAGACUGUGUCCCAAAUCAACCACAAGCUGGAGGCACAGUUGGUGGAUCUGAAAUCUGAACUGACAGAGACCCAAGCAGAGAAAGUCGUACUGGAGAAAGAAGUACAUGAUCAGCUUUUACAAUUGCACUCUGUUCAGCUUCAGCUUCAUGCUAAAACUGGUCAAAGUGUCGACUCUGGUACUAUUAAAGCAAAACUGUCUGUCCCCUCUGUGGAGGAGCUGGAGAGAGAGCUUGAAGCAAACAAAAAAGAAAAAAUGAAAGAAGCUCAACUUGAAGCUGAAGUAAAGUUGCUGAGAAAAGAGAAUGAAGCCCUUCGUAGACAUAUAGCUGUUCUCCAGGCUGAAGUUUAUGGGGCAAGACUGGCUGCCAAGUACUUAGACAAGGAACUGGCAGGAAGGGUCCAACAAAUACAAUUAUUAGGGCGAGAUAUGAAGGGACCUGCUCAUGAUAAGCUUUGGAACCAACUGGAAGCUGAAAUACAUUUGCAUCGUCACAAAACUGUCAUCAGAGCCUGUAGAGGACGUAAUGACCUAAAGCGACCGAUGCAGGCACCGCCGGGCCAUGAUCAAGACUCUUUAAAGAAGAGCCAAGGUGUUGGUCCAAUUAGAAAAGUUCUCCUCCUGAAGGAAGAUUAUGAAGGCCUGGGGAUUUCAAUUACAGGUGGGAAAGAACAUGGUGUUCCAAUUCUCAUUUCUGAGAUCCAGCCAGGGCAGCCUGCUGAUAGAUGUGGAGGACUACACGUUGGAGAUGCUAUUUUGGCUGUUAAUGGAGUUAACUUAAGGGAUACAAAGCAUAAAGAAGCUGUAACUAUUCUUUCCCAGCAAAGAGGAGAGAUUGAAUUUGAAGUAGUUUAUGUGGCUCCUGAAGUGGAUUCUGAUGAUGAAAAUGUAGAGUAUGAAGAUGAGAGUGGACAUCGUUACCGUUUAUACCUAGAUGAAUUAGAAGGAGGUAGUAAUCCUGGUGCCACUUGCAAAGACACAAGCGGGGAAGUCAAAGUGUUACAAGGAUUUAAUAAGAAGUCAGUAACUGAUGGACAUGAAAAUGGAGACCUGGGAACUUCGAGAGAAACUCCGUUAGAAGACAGUGCUUCUAAAUUAGAUGAUCUACACAGUCUGUAUCAGAGAAAGUCUUGUUAAACUGACUAUCCCCAGACAAGAUUGUAAAAUCAGACUAUUCUGAACUUGGGGCACUAGGGAAGAUGGCGACAAAGACUAUACAAGCUCAAGGGAGGCUGUUUGUUGCCCAAAUGAAAGGCGGGUACCUCAGGGCUUCGUGUGAACAAUUCUAAAUGCCUGAAUCCCUGAUUCUGUGGUAUAUCAUAAUUGGCUAUUGCAUGUAAAGCAAUUUUGAUUUUCUUAAAAAAUUGUAAAGCACCAAAGCAUGUAUUUCCCAAAGGGAUAUUACUAGGCUCUUAAGUACCAAAUGAAGCACUACUGUUUUAUUUGGUUCCUCUCCCACCUAGUAGAAGGGAUAGUGCUAACCAGUAUUUUAUAAGAAAUAGCCUUUAAAUUCAAGAGAAUAAAUGAAUUCAUGUUAUAUAUUCCAGAAUGUCAAGUGUGGUGUUUCAAAAGACAGAACUUGACUCAAUGAGUUGCAGAAAUGUAGGCUGGACUUAAUUGUUUUUUUUAACUGAAAGAAUGGCUUUGGGUUUUUUAAAAUUUUAUUUUGCAUCCUGAUAUGUAAAUCAGUUCUUGAUGAUCAUUUAUUGUGAUGAGUUUGCCGUUCAGCUCUAUGCAAUGCAGUACAAAAUAGGUUUCUUUAAGCAAUCCUUAUCAAUCAGUGCUGCACCAAAAUUGUUUCUGUAGUUACUGUACAUUGUACUUUUCUGAUUUUUCAAAAGAGACGCAGAUAAGUGUAAAUUCUUUGUUCCCAAUUAUGUUGAUCUCUGUGCAUGGUAUUGAGCAUUACGUUAUUACUGUGUAGUCUAAAAUGCUUUUUUUUUUUUCUGGGAUCUACAAAAGACAGUUUUAUACAUUUUGAGUUGUUUAUAAAGUGUGUCUUGCUGUGAUAGUCCUGGCACUUACAAAUACAUUUUUCUGACAGUAAAAGCUCAAAUUUAUUACUAUAUCAACAAAAUAUAUUGCAUUCUAAUAGCAGUUUUUCCUCAGAGUAACAUUUCCUAGUCACCUGAAAAGCUGAGGUACUGGUAGGAAAGAUAAGGUAAAGAUAUUUUCAUACAGUAAUUGUUCUGGUUGGCUUUUCACAUCAGUGUCUGUUUGACUAAAGAGCGUUUCAUAUGCAAACUUCUGAUGUGCUAGUUUUCUUAUCCCAGGAUUAAGCAUGGAGUAGUGCUCUUUCCUUUACUGUUCUUGCAGCCACUGUACCUUGUUGGGGAAAGUGAAAAUAUUACUUUUAAAGAGGUGAUAGUUUUGCCAGUAUCACUGUUUUAAAUGAUAUACAUUUAAGGGACUAUUAAGUGUGGGGAAAAGCCUGCCAGUACCUUAGAGUAUUAUCAGUUCUUCAUUUCUAAUGUUCAGAUGUUAUGUGAUACAACACAUUUUCUUGUCUUUCUUAGAUGCACUAUAUAUAUUUGUUCAUAAGUAAAUCUGUAAAAUGUAUAUACUUUAUUUGGUGGUUUUGCUAUUUAUAAAUUUUAUGUUUUAACUAUUGUUCAUUUAUGGUUUGUUUUGGUGGUUUUAUUCAUCUGAAUAUCUCCAUGUUAAUUUGUAAUAGAAAUGCACUUCAUAGUAUAUAUUGUUACUGAUAUUAAAAUACUUUGUAGGAUAAAGAUGCCUCUAAGCAAAAGCUAGUAUUUAAUUGUACAACUGCAUAAGCAAGCUACAUGUUACUGUUUGCUCCUGACAUGCUAGGCUAGGCCUCUUAAAAGAAAACAAAUGCUUUCUCCUUAUGCAUUCCCCCAGCUGCAAACACGUACCCCCAUGCAUGACUUGAGCUCUGCACGCUGGAAUUUAGCCAGUGUUCUCAUGUAGAAAAUUUGCAUUGUAGCAAGUCUGAAAAUGUUUUUUUGUGUGUGACUCAAAACCAUGUUGUUUUUAUUUUUUUAAAACAGAAUGGGAUGACUGGCAUUUUUUCAGAGAAUAUCUAUGACUGAAUUCUUAGGAAAUAUUAGCUAAAACUUUUUGACUUUCAAGCACUGUCUACUGAGUCUAUGAAGAAUUUUUUUAGGGCCUUCAGUUGGCAUAUCUAUAAAGGUGCUGUGUAAUAAGAUUGUGAGAGAUGGUUAUGAUAUAACUCCUUUCAAGGGCUGAUGAACAGAAUAAGAAAAUUUCCAGGUAGUUAAAAAUUAAACUUGCAUGGGUCAGUUCCCUUUUCGUUCUGCUGCACCUUGGUUUGCACGGCUACUUGAGAGCACUGUCGCUCAGAUGCUACUGUGAGCUUCCUGACAUGUUAGAAACUACCCAGUUAAAAGUUCAUUUUGGAUAUAAGGUCUUUAAGAAUUAGACUUUUUCCAAAGGACUGAAUGAGAAGCAGUUUUUUAUUUUCACAUGUAUAGGAAAGAAACGCAUAAUACUGAAGUUUCUGGGGCAAAACCAAACACAAGGAGAGAACUGGCAUAAUCAGUUGAAAGGAAAGGAAACACUGCACACUCAGAGUAGCUGAGAAAAACUUUUCAAUACAGUGUGACGGUUGUGUGUGUACAGCUACAUGUUAACCUCUAAAUGCUCUUCUAAGUAUCUGUUCUGAAUAUGUUGGAAAAACAGGUCAUUAGACUUACUAAAAUAGAUUUAAAAGAGAUGAAAAUUUGUAAGUCUUGGUGAUUAUACUGAACAGUUGUCAAAAGUUAGCACGGUUUGUCUUGGUGCUGGGUUUUUUUCCCCCCACAGUGAACUUAUUUUGUUUUUCUGUUUAGAAACAAAAUCUAUUUAAUUCAUGCCUAAGUUGCACAUAAUUAUAAUUAUAAUUAUAAUUGAUAUCCUAUUACACGUAUCUGGUCUUCCACUUAGGCUCAGCCUCAGAUAAAUGUAUUAUAUCUCGUUAAGUUGAGUUUAUUAUUUUUUUAAUAAGCCUGUAAAUAAAGAUGGCAUCUUCUACAUUAAAAAUGGUAUCAAUCUCAAUUUUUUAAUGAAUUUUGUUUCACAUUAAAUACUUUGGUUUGUUAAUUAUUUCUAGUAGCUUCUAUUAUUUGUACCAACAAGUCAUAAAGUUCAUGCAAGGCCUGAACCUAGUUACUGUGGUAGAACAAUUUUUUGGGGUAGGAAUUAACUCAUCUGAGGAACUGUUUAAUCCAGUGGUUCUCAACCUUGGCUGCAUGAGGCCCAGAAAUCAGGAUUUUAAAAAGAUUCCCAGAUGAUUCUAAUGUACAGCCAAGGUUGAGAACCACUGGUUUAACCUGAGCUAGUUAAAAGCACAUUGGUUGGCCUGGCUGGUGUGGCUCACAGGUUGAGAUUGACCUAUGAACCAGGAGUGCACGGUUCAAUUCCUGGUCAAGGCACAUGUUUGGCUUGCAGGUUUGAUCCCCUCUGGGGGCGUGCAGGAGGCAGCCAGUCAAUGAUUCUCAUCAUUGAUGUUUCUAUCCUCUCCCUCUCUCUUCCUCCCUGAAAUUAAUAAAAAUAUAUUUAAAAACAAAACAAAAAACAAGUUUGGUUGGAAGACACUACUGGAGCAACUGUAGGACCGGCUUCUGUUGGAACUUAGCAGAUGGCAAAAACUAGUCUCCUUGGGUUGGUUUUGUAUUACAAAAAUUAAUAGCUAUUGUUAUCUGUGAGGAUAACACUGAUAAUAAUUAGAAAAUCAAUCCUACUAGAUAGUGUGUAAGAGGAUAUUCUUCCAUUUUAUCAUCUAAGCAGAUAUAAUUUGGAAGUUCCCAAAUUAUUUGUAAAAUAAUUUUUAGAAACAUCUGUAAACAUUGAUCAGGUGUUUUGUUUGUUUUUCAGGAGUAUUACUUGUUAUGAACAUUUAAAAAUAAUUAUUUUUGUCAUGGACUAACCUUGAUUUAGUCCUAAUGUAAUAAUGCUGACUAUGUAUCAGUUUAAGCUCCUAAUUAAACAAGUAAUUUGGAAAAGUCUUUUCCAGAACAGUAUCACAUUAGAUUGUUCAGUUUAUGAAAUGUAAAAGAUUAUUUGUAUUCUCAUUGUUAAUCAACAUUCUAUUUUAUGUGGGAUUACAAUUUUUUUUUAACUAAAAGGUAUUACAAAUGACUGUGUGGAUGCUAAGUGUUUGUUUGAUAAUAAAUCUUUUCCAGGUGUAUUGUGAAAGCUGUGAUCACUGCUGUGGCAGCCUGAGAAAGCAUCUGUCAUCCCCAGGAGGGCGCAUGCGGACAAGGCCCGCCCAGCUGCUGCGCUCUGAAACCUAUUGCUGCAUCUCAACCACUGAUCUUGAGAGGGAGUUUAUGGCUUCGUGACUUUGGCUUGACUCCCUGACAGCCUUGCCAGACUCCCUUAGCAUUACAAUAAAGUUUAAGUUGCUUUCA